UAAAGUUAAAUUCUAGGAGCGAAUAUUUCGUUUUUUUUAAUAAUUAAUUCGGAUUUCAUUGGCGCUUUUAGAGUGUAUGAGAGUGUAUGAAUUUUUAAUGAGCUGAUCUGAACGUACCUUGGCUAUUAUACCUUAUUGACAUUUUGUUUCACGUGUUCUCUGUAACAGCAGCUUUUAACGGGAAAACUAUUAUGAAAUAUUCAUAAUGUCAUCAGUUCCAAGUUUUGAUAUUGGUAAUAAAACCAUUGCUAUAUGAACUUUCCAUUGAAUAUAAAGCUAUUGAUUGAAUAGUAUAGACUGGCAGUGGCGACAGUUCUUUGAAAAAUGACAACGUUAUCUUUAGCUUGUGAAAUCUCGUUUAAACUGUCUGCCGUUUAAAACAUAGACGAAGGAUUCUGGACUUUCGAAUUUCGAAUACAUUAUGAUAAGUUGUAAAAAAGUUUGACCGUGACGAACCUCAAAAAUCACCAUGGGAUCUUGUUCAUCCAAAAAGGGCGAAUCGAAAAACAACUACCUGCUGCAGACGCUGAGCGGCCAUGAAGCGGGCGUCAACUGUAUGGCGCUGAGCGAAGACGGGAGCGUCCUCGCGACCGGAAGCGAGGACAAAACCGCGCGCCUUUGGAGCGCAAAGACAACCCCUUGUGAAUGUUUAGGAAUUCUUCGCGGGCACGAAGAAUAUAUCAACUGCAUUAUCAUAGAGGACUGUUUUUGUAUCACCGGAAGUGCGGAUAAGACGAUCCGGAAGUGGGAUGUUAGCACGUGCGAAUGUGUUUUAAUUCUGCGUGGACACACCUCUGUGAUUUAUCGAAUGAUCUGCACCGGGGAUUUCAUUUUCACCAGCUCCUACGACCGAACUGCACGGUGCUGGGACUUUGAGAACGGCGAAUGCAUUCGUGUGUUUCGGGGUCACAAAAGGGGUGUGUACCCUUUGAUUUUUAUACCCGGCGACGACGAUUCAGACGAUGUGGACGGGAACGAUGGUUCUAAAGAUCUUCUGAUAACCGGAUCUGCGGACUUUACAGCGAGAUCGUGGAAUUUUGAAACGGGACAAUGUUUGAAGGUUUUUAAGGGUCAUACAGGGGCAGUAACUUGCAUGGCGACGGAUAUUAUGGGACGAAUACUCUUCACCGGAAGUACGGACUUCAGCAUCCGGUCGUGGAAUCUCCUCAAGGGAGAGCAGCUGAAACUGUUUUCCGGUCAUCAAGGAUCUGUGAUAUGCAUUCAGGUGAUAAACAAGUUGCUAUAUUCCGGAAGUUCCGACCACACAGGACGGGCGUGGGUGACGGAGUUCGGGGACUGUACACGAGUGUACAAGGGCCACAAACACACUGUCAGCGUCAUCAAGAUGAAAGACGGGCUAGUUUUCACCGGUUGUGGAGAUGCGUCUGCUAGAGUUUUUGCGGGAAAAUCAGGAACCCUUGCGAGAGAAUUUAAGGGCCAUGAUGGGGCCUUAAAUGCACUUCAGGUGGUCAAUGGAAAACUAUUUACAGGAUCGUACGAUGGUGAUGUGAAGGUGUGGGACGUCUCCGGCAUAAACGACGACGACACAGCAUUUGGCAAAGAAGAAGACAAGAAGAAGUCAAAAGAAAAGGCUGAUGACAUUGAGAAGAUGAGCCAUAUUGAUCAAAACCAGAAUGGCAUCGCUAAUGGCAGUGCCGUUAACAGUAAAAUCAUGAUCGAAUAGUACAGUAACAGUAUGCCAUCCGGAAAUGAGUUAAUUGUACUAACAAUAUAACCAUUCGGAAUUGAGUUUAUCAAUAGAACAGUAACAAUAUACCAUUCGGAAUUGAGUCAAUCGAAUAGUACAGUAACAAUAUACCAUCCGGAUUUGAGAUAAUCGAAUAGUACAGUAACAAUAUACCAUCCGGAUUUGAGAUAAUCGAAUAGUACAGUAACAAUAUAACCAUUCGGAAUUGAGUCAAUCGAAUAGUACAGUAACAAUAUACCAUCCGGAUUUGAGAUAAUCGAAUAGUACAGUAACAAUAUACCAUCCGGAUUUGAGAUAAUCGAAUAGUACAGUAACAAUAUACCAUCCGGAAAUGAGUUUAUCGAAUAGAACAGUAACAAUAUACCAUCCCGAAUUGAGUUUAUCGAAUAGUACAGUAAUAAUAUACCAUCCGGAAUUGAGUAAAUCGAAUAGUACAGUAACAAUAUAUAUAAUCCGGAAUUGAGUAAAUCGAAUAGUACUGCCAUCAGGAAUUGAAUAAAUCGAAUAAUACAAUAACACUUUACCAUCCGGAAAUGAGUUAAUCGAAUAGUACAAUUACAAUAUACUGUCCGGAAAUGAGUUAAUCGAAUAGUACAAUAACAAUAUACCAUCCGGAAAUGAGUUAAUCGAAUAGUACAGUUACAAUAUACCAUCCGGAAAUGAGUGAAUCGAAUAGUACAAUAAAAUACUCCAUCCCAAAUAAAUUUAAAAUUCGCAGAUUAGCCUAGGUACUUUAAUCUUAAGAAUGAUAAUGAUUUUAGCAUUUAACACUUAACUUGAAAUUAAUUUGACUUCGGUCAUAAAAAUUCCAUGAUAAACCACUACAUUCAAUUAAUAUUGUUGUUAUAAUUUUCACGAACUACUUUAACAAAUGCACCGCUUUUCGUAUGGCGGAAAUGGCCGAGGUGUUCCGAUUGUAUAACGAGUCGACCAAUAAGGCUUUGUUCCCUGAUGUAUAAUUGUUAAUACUCAUUGCUUAAAUUAUUUCAUGUUUGCCUGUGUUCUGUUUAAAGACAAAGAGGUUUUAACAAUGGUAUAUAGAUUAUAUGAAAUCAUUUUAACACGAAUAAAGUCAAUUCUAAAUAGUAACUUUCUCUUUUUCCUAAUGUUAGAUACGGCUAGAUUUCUAUAUUGCUUUUGUUCAUAUUUUGACAAAAACUCUUAAAAAAAGUAUUCAUAUUUUAUAAAAAAAAAAUGCAGCGCGAAUUUCGCAAGAAGGAAAACGUCAUUUUCCUUCCCUUACUCAUUUCCGCUGAUGACGUCACAUAUUAUAACAAGUUCAUGACAACAACUCAUGUGACUAAAUACUUCAAAUUAACGUGUUGAUUGAGUUUGAAUCAGAUUAUUUUGCUUUGUAAAUAAUUAUUA